ACUUAAAAGUUAGGUUAGGUUGGUUUGCGAAAAUCAACAUGGCAGGUUCGAAAAUGCCAAUAAUAAUAAAUUGUGGAAAAACAAUGUUUUCACAUAGAUUUGGUGCAAUAUUACAAAGUGUACAAUUAAGAGGAUCAAUUAAAUUUCGUGCUUUAAGUACAGAAAAUACUAAAGCAGAACGAGAUCCGGCACCAUUUUUUUUCAACAAAGAAGUACAAAAGCUGCUGAAAUCAAUGACAGGUCGAAAUUAUCAGAAAAUAUUUCGUCGUCGAAAAGAUAGUAGUAAAUCAGUUUCACCAGAAUAUAAAUUUAUGACUGACGAUCAAUUAAAAGAAGCAAUGCAAAGUGCUGAGAGAAAAGCAGAAAAACUUUUACAAAUGCCACCAGUUGUAAAAGAAAGAAAACCAAUUGAGAAAAUUCUUUCCAAAGAUGUGGCAUUACAAGGAUAUACAGAUUCAAAACUUGUCAUUACAGAUAUUACAUUCGGUAUUGAAAAUCAUGAUAGAUUAAUUGCCGUCAGAGAACCAAAUGGUACAUUAAGAUACGCCGAUUGGGACGAGAGACACAGAAUGAAUCAAAUUUAUUUUCCAAUGGACGGAAGAGAUAUUACAAUGCCAAAAAUGUUUGAUAAAGAAAAUCUUGAGGAUUUAUUUAAUCGAAAAGAAUAUGUAUUUAUUUUGGAUCGUGCCUGCAUUCAAAUGGAACCAGAUGAUCCAAAAUAUCAACAAGUCAAUCAAUUAACAUACGAGUCUAUUGAUAAAAAUGAAGAUUGGGAUCUAUUAAAAUCGACAAGACACUUUGGUCCAAUGGUUUUUCAUUUAACGUGGAAUAAAAAUAUUGCAAAUCUAUUUCUUCAUAAUAUACAACAGGAAAAUAUCAAGGACAAUGUUUCAUUGAUAAAUCUUUAUCAAAAAUUACAUCCUGACAUUAAUUACAAUAAUCUCAAAUAUGAGGAUAAUGAUUUGAAAUAUGUUGAAGAUUUUGCAAAACAACAAUUUUCUGAACAUAAAAUUAUACCUGCAUUACAAGCCCAUAAGGAAUUAGUAAAAGAACGUGAACAAUUAGAAAAGAAUAUUAAAAAAGCACAUGGACUUGAAUAAAAGUAAAACUUUCGGAAUGCAGAGAAAAAUGUGUAAUUAUUAUUAUGUAUUAUUAUUGUUAUGACGAAUAAAUGGAUUUUCUAAGAGGAA